AUGCCCGACUCGAUCGAUGCUCCGCUGAUGGCCGGCCGCCAGGACCGGGACGACGAGCUUGACUACCGGGACGCGGAUGAGGAGGCCGACGUGCUACCCGCGUCCAUGAAGCAUGCACGCCAAUCGGGUCCGAGUCUAUUUGUAUGGCUCCUCACAUUUGCUGCCGGCAUCAGCGGAUUGCUCUUUGGAUAUGAUACGGGCGUAAUAUCAGCAACGCUCGUCAAGAUCGACACCUCCCUAUCGAACCGAAUCCUCACGACAUUCGACAAGUCCAUCAUCACCUCCAGCACCGCCCUCUUCGCCCUCCUCGUUUCCCCCUUUUCUUCCAUCGUCGCCGACGCCCUGGGCCGCAAGCGCGUCAUCUUCGUCGCCGACAUCCUCUUCAUCCUCGGCGCCCUGAUGCAGGCCUGGGCCGGCACCGUCACCUCCAUGGUCAUCGGGCGGUCCAUUGUCGGGUUGGCCGUCGGCGCCGCCAGCUUCGUCGUGCCUCUGUACAUUGCCGAGCUCGCGCCCGCCAGCCACCGCGGCCGGCUCGUGACGAUGAAUGUUCUCUUCAUCACGCUCGGUCAGGUGGUUGCGUACAUCAUCGGCUGGGCCUUUGCCGAGUACGGCGACCAGUCGACGGGAUGGCGCUGGAUGGUCGGUCUCGGGGCGCUCCCCGCGGCGCUGCAGUGCUCCAUCCUCGCCCUCAUGCCCGAGUCUCCGCGCUGGCUCGUCAUGGUGGGCCAGUCGCUCAAAGCCAAGAAGGUUGUCGAGAGGGUGCUGGGCAACACCGUUGGCGGCAUGAGGAACGCCGAGGCGGUCAUCAAGGAGAUUGAAAUCGAAAUCAGGGAGGAGAGGGAAGUGAUGAGGCGGGAAGGGUCGCCGCGCAUGGAGUGGUGGGGAGGCUGGCAGGAGCUCUUCUCCGUCGGGAGGAACAAGCGCGCGCUGGUCAUCACCUGCCUGCUCCAGGGCCUUCAGCAAUUAUGCGGCUUCAACUCGCUCAUGUAUUUCUCGGCGACGAUUUUCAAAAUGGUCGGCUUCGGCACGCCCACGCUCACGGCUAUGAGCGUCGCCGUGACGAACUUCAUCUUCACGGUGGCGGCGCUGUGUCUUAUCGACCGCAUCGGGCGACGCAAGAUCCUACUCUACUCUCUGCCGUUCAUGAUUGCGGGCCUGAUGCUCUCCGCAUACGGCUUCUCCUUCGGCGCGGGCACAGACAGGGGCGCGGCGGUGCUGAUUCUCGUCAGCAUCAUGGGCUACGUCGCGGCGUACGCACUGGGACUGGGCAAUGUCCCCUGGAUGCAGAGCGAGCUGUUCCCGCUCGCGGUGCGGUCCAUUGGCAGCGGCGUCUCGACGGCGACGAACUGGGGCGCCAACUUUGUGGUGGGCCUGACGUUCCUCCCGCUCAUGGACGCACUGAGCCCGUCGUGGACGUUUGUGCUCUACGCGUUGGUGUGUCUGGUGGGCUACGGGCUCAUCUGGCGCAUCUAUCCCGAGACGUCAGGGUUGAGUCUCGAGGAGGCGACGAAUUUGCUGGAGAACGGAUGGGGCGUCCGACGAUAG